UGGAGGGGGAGGCGAGGGCCCACCCGGAAGUGUAUUUGCUUCCCUUCCGGUGGCGGCUGCUUCCGCCAUGGCGGAGUGUGGCUGGGUGGACGUUCCGCCCCACGAGUGCCCGGGCACCGGUAGCGAGCAGGCGGGCAAGGCCGCCGCCUGCCAGGGAUGCCCCAACCAGGGCUUGUGCGCUUCGGCCAAGCCCGCCGGCCCCGACCCAGCUAUCGAAGAAAUCAAGGAGAAGAUGAAAGCCAUAAAGCACAAGAUCCUGGUGCUGUCUGGGAAAGGAGGGGUCGGCAAGAGCACCUUUGCUGCUCACCUGGCGCAUGGGUUGGCGGAGGAUGAAACCAAGCAGAUUGCUGUCCUGGAUGUUGAUAUCUGUGGACCAUCGAUACCAAAAAUAUUUGGCCUAGAGGGGGAGCAGGUUCAUCAGAGUGGGUCUGGCUGGUCUCCAGUGUACGUUGAAGAAAAUCUAGGUGUGAUGUCCGUGGGGUUUUUGCUCAGUAGCCCUGAUGAUGCUGUUAUUUGGCGAGGACCCAAGAAGAACGGAAUGAUCAAGCAGUUUCUUCGGGACGUAGACUGGGGUGAAAUUGACUACCUGAUUGUAGACACCCCUCCAGGAACCUCUGACGAGCACCUGUCCAUAGUGCAGUAUCUCAGUGCAACCCAUAUUGAUGGGGCAGUCAUCAUCACCACCCCCCAGGAAGUGGCCCUCCAGGAUGUUCGGAAAGAGAUAAAUUUCUGCCGUAAGGUGAAGCUGCCGGUGAUUGGAGUUGUUGAAAACAUGAGCGGAUUCGUGUGUCCAAAAUGCAAAAAAGAAUCUCAGAUAUUCCCGCCAACCACCGGAGGGGCAGAGUUGAUGUGUCACACUUUGAAUGUACCUCUUCUAGGGAAAGUGCCCCUGGACCCGCAAAUAGGAAAAAGCUGCGACUCAGGAUGCUCCUUCUUUUCUGAGAUACCAAAUUCUCCAGCUACAUUAUCCUACAGGGAUAUCAUCCAAAGAAUCCAGGACUGCUGUAGCCACAACCAUCCCCAGGAAGAGCAAAACCCUUAACAAGACCAGCGUAGGACCACCUAUAUAGGAAUAAUCCAAAAUCUUAUUUUGCAAGUAAACUUUUUUCAGUGUGA